AUGAGAUGUCCCGUUAGAUUCUUGACCAGACCAGCCGCGGCUCCAGAGACGGAGGGUGUGAACGUGCGAUUUGAUCCAAGCUUCGAUGGCGAACCGGUACUGGCGGUUGGGACGGAGGCUCGGUUGCGUACCGAGGGGAGAGAACAGGGAGAAGGAGAGGGGGAAGAGCCAGGAGUGAGCGAGAAUAGGGUGGAAACGGAGGAGGUUGGUGGAGGAGGGCGAAUGAGACGUGACCGAAGAGGGGGGAAAGAGGAGGUAAAUAAUGAAGGGGGCGGGAGAACGAGUGGAGGGAGGGGAGGAGGAGGAACGGGAGGAUGCGAGGAGGAGGAGGAGGCAGUGGCAGUGAUUGCUGGAGUGCUGAGGGAGAAAUUCGGGCCUCAGAUCAUGAGAGAGGAGGAGGAGGAGGAUUGGUCCAGAAACAGAAGGACUACGGAUGGGGCAGAUAAGGCUAAGGGACGAAAAGAUGAGGAGGAAGGGGAUGGGGAUGAGGAAAUAGAGUGCUCAGAUGUUGAGGAGGAGGAGGAAGGAAACGCCGAGGUAGUCGAUGAGGAGGACGGAAAUGCAGAAGCAGACACAGAAGCGAGUGAGGAGGAUGCACCACCCACCACAUCUCCUCCCACGCGCCCUCCUCCUCCACGCAACAGCCCUCGGGUCGUGUCUCUCUCCUCCCUCCUCUCCCUCUACCGCUUCUUCUCCUCCCACCUCGACAUCUCCUCCCCUUCCACUGUCGCUGCCCUCCUCACCUCCCACCCUUCUCUCCUUCGGUCUGAUCCCACCAAUAACUUGCUGCCACGUGUCCAACUCCUCCAGUCAAUGCAGGCUCGUUCAACGAACCUGGACAUUCUGGUUGAGAGGGCAGGGGUUCCUGUGAACAAGCUAAGCAUGUUGAUCGAGAAAGUGUCAUGCUCUUAA